UAAAAGGUCGCUUCUCAUAGCUUCCUCGACUUUGCUUCGCGGUGGUGGCAAUGGCUGCUUCUUCUUCGUUUUUUCCUCUUUCUCAUCGAAUCUGGGUUUUCCCUCUUAUCAUCUUCUUUCUCUUAUCUUCGGACGCGGCGGCGCUCAAAAAUAUUGGUCCCGGCGAGCCAACUCUGAGUGUUAGCCUUACUCCGUGUGAGCGAGUCCAAGUUUCAGGCUAUUCGAGAACCAAAUUAGGAAAAUAUGCUAACUCUGUUAGGGUAAACUUGGUUCCAAUCCCAGAGAGGCAACACAGCAAAAUCCAAGUUUGUGUUCACCGCAACGCUACACUUAGAAUGUGCCAGUGUGAGAAAUCUAAUUGGAAAAAUCUUCAGAGAGGGAUCUGGAGCAGCUCUGUAAUGUCUCCGUAUGAUAAACUCUACAUUGAUGUGAGAUUCAGUGGUAGCGAGUAUGAAUCGUCUGGUUCAAGGGUCACCAUCAACGUCACAGAAGAUUUUCAAAAAUGGCGGAUUUUUUGUCUUGUGGCUGGACUCGUUGUGAUCUUGGUAGCACCAGGUGUUAGCAGCUGGCUACCUUUUUAUUAUACAAGUUCUAUGGCAGUUGGCGUUUUUCUAGUAGUUUUGAUCAUUAUCUUCCAGGUUAUGAGGAUAUUGCCGACUGGGAGGAAGAAUGUUAUGUAUCUUGCGUUUUAUGGAUCUGUGGUUGGUGCUGGAUCUUUCAUUCUACAUCAAUUCUCAAUGAUGGUCAACGUGAUUCUUGUUAAUUUUGGCUUGAGUGAGGAUAUGUAUAAUCCGGUUGCGAUCCUUGUGCUUGUUGGGAUAGUUAUUACUGGAGCUGCUUUUGGAUUCUGGACUGUGAGAAAAUUUGUGGUUUCGAAGCAUGGAGGUGUGGAUGCUAGUGUUGCUCAGUUUGUGAAAUGGGCGAUGCGUUCUGUUGCUGCUACGUUUAUUUUACAGAGCAGCCUUGAUAUCCCUUUGACAAUUGGAGCUUUUGUUUUAGCUUGCUUGAUCGGUUUUGUUGUCAGCAAAAUGAACGGCAUUGUAGUUCAAAGACUUUGGCUGGCUUCAGCUGACACUGGUGAGAGACGUCCAAUGCAUGGAAGAGCGGAGUUCCUUAGUCGCCCUGGAGGUGGACUGUGGAAGAGUGGUAGAACUGUACCUUCAUCUUCUGGCUCUCCUUCUUAUGGUAUGAUCUCACCGUCUUCAGUUAACCGGAGAACACCGAUCAGAAAUCAAGAUUACUAUUCUACAUACCACAGAACGCCAAACCAGAAGAAGAUGUCGAAGAGAGAGUAUGAAGAGUUGACACGAGAAACGACACGAGAAGCAAUGGCAGGACUUGCAGCUUCUCCAGGAUUCAGUGAUUGGUUAGUUGAGCAUGCUGACAGAAUCAAGUUGCUUCCCACUGAUAGCUAUGAUGACGAAUUGGGUAGCGAAUCAGAUUCAACCGGUGAACAAUCCUGGACAGGUUUUUUCUGGUAGAGAAUUAACACCUUUGAGGCAACUCUUGACUACUUGCACGACACAUACUACUUAUUAUUAACUUGGCAUGAAUCAGAACGUUGUAAGGGUUUUACCGCAUUCAGAGAAUUUAGGGGUAGGUACGAGUUAGGUUUAGAAUCACUCUUUGUAUAAUUUACAAUUUUCCAAUUCUAAGCAGCUCAGGUAUUAGUUACGCAAUUGUGUAGUGAUGAAUUUGGUCCUUUUGUUUCUCCCAUAAUUGUUGGUCAAAAACAAUGAAAGUGAAACUGUUCUUUGACAAA